CAACAUUAUUCCACCUCUUUCAAACUUUACUCUGUCAACCUUUUUCUGAUAUAAUUUCCAUGACUUUGUUCAUGACAAAGUCUUUAACUAUUUCCCAAUAUUUUAUUAGGGCUUCCUUUUGUCCUAAGCUCCUCCCUCGGAAGACAAAUUGCAGGUUAAGAUUUUCAGGAAGCCAACAAUUGUUUGCAAACUUCUCCAACAUGGGAAAGAACAUGAGAUGGGUUUACGCACAUUCCUUCAAGGGAGAACCGAAAGUUUCCGACUUUGAACUAGUUGAAGAAGAUGUACCUCCUGUAAAAGAAGGAGAAGUUAAGUUUGAAGCCCUGUACCUGAGUGUUGAUCCUUACAUGAGGGCCUAUGUGAACAAGCUGGGUGGAAAAACUGGUUUUACGAUGUUUGGAGGUCAAGUUGCAAGGGUAGUGGAGAGCAAACACCCAGAAUACAAGGUUGGCAGCAUCGUAGUAGGUCAGCUCGGCUGGCAGCUAUUCACGGUUGGCAAUCCUGAAGAGAUCACUACAGUUUUUGGUGCCAAGGAAAAGCCUAUGGUGUUGCCUGACCUGGGUGGACUGUCCCCCUCCCUUGCCCUAGGAGUUCUAGGCAUGCCUGGAAACACUGCCUACUUUGGGUUCCUUGAGAUAUGCAAGCCUGUAGCGGGAGAGACUGUAGUAGUUAGCGGAGCUGCUGGGGCUGUGGGCAGUCUGGUGGGACAGAUCGCUAAAAUAAAAGGUUGUCGAGUGAUUGGCAUCGCUGGAUCCGAUGAUAAGGUUGCUUGGCUCAAAGACGAGCUCAAGUUCGACGGGGCUAUCAACUACAAAACACAAAACGUCUCUGCAGAACUCAAAAAGCUGGCACCAAAAGGAGUUGAUUGCUACUUUGAUAAUGUAGGAGGAGAUAUCAGCUCUCAAGUUCUUUACCAGAUGAACAAAUACGGCAGAAUAUCUGUGUGCGGAGCCAUCUCUGUUUACAACAAUGACUUCAGCAACCUCGCCAAAGCCCCUGUGGUUCAGACUGCGAUGGUAUUGAAUGAGCUGAAAAUGGAGGGUUUUGUAGUACUCAGAUGGGCCGACCGGUUCAUGGCCGGCAUCCUACAGAAUCUAAAAUGGGUGCAGGAGGGUGAAUUGAAGUACAAAGAGACGGUGACCGAAGGUUUUAAAAAAAUGCCUGAAGCCUUCAUCGGCAUGCUGAGAGGAGAAAAUGUUGGCAAAGCAGUGGUAAAGGCCUGAGAGUUUGUUAAAGAUACUAUAAGUGGAGUUCAAAGUGCCUUAUAAUACUGAAAAAGAGGCAUAAUAGAGGAAACACAAAAAUAUGUGAAUAAUAUGAUAAAUAUUUGCCAUUAGAGUUUUUUGUCUGUCUAUAGUUUGUAUAACUGUUCCUCUGCUAUGCAUAUUUUCAAUGCUUACAUUUUGAGACACUUAUCAUAAAUUAUAUUUAAAUACCCUGUUUUAUGUUAUUUACACUGCUAUGUUAAACUUAUCGUGGUAUUCUACUCAAGACUGAAAAUGUUUAGGUGUAGUUUUUAUUUUAUUCCAUUUUAUGCUUGUUAUAUACUAAAAGCUUUUGUUAAAAUGUUUAUGUACAAUAAAAUAUAUUUUUGAA